AUGGAGGAACUCGGCCAGGCCCUCGACCCCGACGACUUGAUGGACCUCGACGAGGGCUCAGACCUCGACGAAGAGGAGGACGAGCUGGACGAUCCCCUGCCCUCGCCCUUUCAGUUCCCCUCGUCCGGGGCGACCUCGGCCGCGUCGUCGCCCCCUAACGACGACUUCCCGCUGCCUUUCGGCUUCUCGGGCAAGCCCCUGAGCGUGAAAAGGGGGCGCGGCCGUCCCCGGCGCGAAGGUGACCGCCACGACCCCGAGACGCUUUCGCUACUAACGGGGCUGUUGACAGGUAAGCCGGCGCAGAGACGGCCGCCCAAAAUCAAGAAGUUAAAGGGCUGUGCCCCGCGGCGUAAAUUCAAACCGUUUGAAUUCGAUUUCAAUUCCAUCGCGCCGUCACCGAGCGAUGAAAUGUCGCUAGACCCCGAGACGGGGGCGCUGAUUUUCGAGAAAGAAAAGCCGGCGCCGGUUUUUGAGGAACUGCCAUACUUUCCCGAACAGUGGCCGGGAAAAGUGUGCGCGUUUUGUAAUCUGGGCGAAAGGAGUCAGUUAGGGCAGGGUGAGAUGUUGCGGUUGUUGUGUCCGGAAGGGUUCACGCCACAGAGGGUGGCGCAGGACCAAGGGGAUAGUGGGAGUAGUAACUUACCAACUCCUGAAAGAGAAACGGGAGAUAAGAGUCCGAGAGGACCUGUCACUUGUCGCAGACAGAAAAGUUUCAACAAGUGUAGACAUCCAUCGUUGACGAGUGAAUAUGUUGAUGAGUUGACCAUCAUCGGCUAUACGGAAGAGCCCCACGUUUCAACUUUGUUCGACUCAAGCGGAUAUUUUUAUACUCACAGGAGCUGUGCUCAGUGGUCCCACGGUGUUACCAAAAAUGAAAAUUCAGCGCUCGAAAAUGUGGGCCCAGCCGUUUUACAAAGUUCUUCCAGGAAGUGUUCAUUUUGUAAUCACUAUGGAGCGAGUAUUUUGUGUAAAAUUGAAGGAUGUACAAAAGUUUAUCAUUUUCCAUGUGCAACUGCUUCUGGUGCCUUCCAAGUCUUAAAUUUGCUUGCAUUAUUUUGCAGCAAUCAUAUCGGACAAGCUUCACUGGAAUGUGAAAAUUCUGUGUGCUAUACGUGCAAAACUUUAGGCGAUAUUGCCAACCUAAUGUUCUGCUCGUCAUGUGGAGAACAUUAUCAUGGCAUCUGUGUUGGGCUGGCACAGCUACCAGGUGUUCGGGCCGGGUGGCAAUGCCGCAAGUGCCGCAUUUGCCAAGUCUGCCGUAUGACCGGCGACGAAACCAAAUUAAUGACAUGCGAACAAUGUGAUAAAAUCUACCAUUCGACAUGUCAAAGACCCAUUGUAACAUCAAUCCCGAAAUACGGCUGGAAAUGCAGAUGUUGCAGAGUUUGUGGUGAUUGCGGUUCGCGUACACCCGGAGCCGGUCUUUCCUCCCGUUGGCACGCUCACUACACCGUUUGUGAUUCCUGUUACCAGCAACGCAAUAAGGGCUUUUCAUGCCCUUUGUGUCAUCGCGCCUACCGAGCACACGCACACAGAGAAAUGGUGCAGUGCACUUUGUGUCGCAAAUUCGUGCACGGUACGUGCGAUCCGGAAGCCGAUCUUGUUACAUAUCAUCAAAGGAAGGAAGCGCAUCCCGAAUACGAAUACGUCUGUUUGAUGUGCAAGAAUUUAACACAACCUGCGACCCUGCUGGCCAAACGCAACAGUAUCGACGAUCCCACCGACUGCGUGGCCCCUCCUCCCGAAUCUCCCUUCGACGAAAAUGCGGAAUUCGACAAUCCCUUCCCGGUGGACGUCAUCCGCAACAUGGGCUUGGGCAAGGGCAAGCCCUAUAGCGCCAGUAAAAUCGCGAAAAAACGCCUCGGUCUCGGCUCAACGCGUCCAAAGGGCGUAGGUAAAAACAUCCCGGGAAAAGUCGGUUUUAUGAAACGCCAACGCUUGACCGAUUUCGGUCGCAAACGCGGCGCCAAGUCGAAAAUGCGCGGCGUCUUUGGCGUCCCUGGCGUCGGUCUGCAACGUCCCGUCUCCGACGGAAAAAACGACGAAGAACCGGGCGUCGAAAAUCGUCUAGUGUUGUGUUCCGCCAAAGACAAGUUUGUACUAACACAGGACAUUUGCGUGAUGUGUGGGGCUUUAGGUACGGAUCAUGAGGGUUGUCUUAUUUCGUGUGUUCAAUGCGGACAGUGCUACCACCCGUAUUGUGUCAAUGUGAAGAUUACCAAAGUGGUACUGCAGAAAGGGUGGCGGUGUCUGGAUUGUACGGUGUGUGAAGGGUGCGGGCAAAGGAACGACGAAGCGAGAUUGAUACUGUGUGAUGAUUGUGAUAUCUCUUAUCAUAUCUAUUGCAUGGAUCCGCCGUUAGAUUAUGUGCCGCAUGGGAAUUGGAAAUGCAAAUGGUGUGCAAUUUGUCAGACUUGCGGCGCCACUGAUCCAGGAUUCAAUUGUUCCUGGAUGAAUAGUUGCAGUGAGUGUGGACCGUGCGCAUCGCAUGUCAACUGUCCCAGUUGUUCGGAGCCUUAUUCCGAAGGCGAUUUGAUCAUACAGUGCGUACAGUGCGAGAGAUGGUUGCAUGGGACUUGCGAUUCAAUCAAAACGGAGGAAGAUGCGGAAAAAUGUGCCGAGGAAGGGUAUAAUUGUCUCUUGUGCCGGCCGAGAGAUGUACCACCACCUCACUUAAUACCAUGUGGAACUGCACUCAAACCACCAACACCGACGAAAAGUCCCGAAGUUAAAUCAAAUAAUAAUUAUUACGUCGAUGGGGUUUACUUAAGCGAGGCCGGAUUUAGUUUAAUUAAAUCGCUUUCAUUGGAACAACACAGUACGAGGAAAAAACGCAAGAAAAUUGCAACGGUGCAAGACAAGGAGGCCGGGAUCAUGGCAACGAUCGAGUCCGUGGUUGCAGGUGGCAGCAGUGAUAAUUUUCCUGAAGAUAGUGCUAAAUUGGAAUUGGUUGACGUCAAAGACGAACCUCAAGAAAUAUACAAAGAGGGAAUGAUUUGGAUGAAAGAUGACGGACCACCACCUGACGGUUUCACUCUUUUUACAAUGGAAAACGGUGUUAGUGUCUUACGACGAAAGAGGCAGAGAAAUUUGCAAAAAUUGGGUAUCGGUGGUUUUUUGGUGCGUAUGCGAGGCAUACGUUCUGGUCAGGAUAACGACGAUAUCGAUGUACUUCCGGGGCAGUCGAACCCAUCGGGGUCCGAUCUAUCUAUGGGCAUGCCUGUCGAUGUUGAAAAGCCGAGACGUAAACCCGUGCGAAGGAAACCGAAGAGUAAACUAGCGGAAACGUUUCCGUCCUAUUUACAGGAAGCUUUUUUCGGAAAAGAAUUGCUAGAUUCAACCAAAGAACUCUAUAGCUCUAGUAGUGACGAAGAAAAGAAUAGUUCGGAUGUAGAUAAGACGAUACAAUUGACUCAAGAUGAAAUUAAAGCCGUUGCUGCCGUCACUCCGAAGAACGAUAGAGUGGAAGCGAAAAACGUUCUCGAGAAAAAAGUCGUACCAAAGGAGGAGGAAGAAGAGAAUACGGAAGAUUUGAAGGAUGUGUUGGCCAUUCCUGGCGAUUUAUUGGACACUGAUAUUGUUAACACGAUUAUGAAUGAGGGCGAUGGUGAGUUUAACAAAAACGGCGAAUCGUUGGAUGCUCUUACAGCUACAAAUUUACCGGACGAGUCUGAUAUUACUAACACUUUAGCUAGCGCGAGUACUUCGAAAGAUACCAAAGAUGAAUUGAGCGAUAUUUUAGGUCCCAAUUUUACUCUUGAGUCAAUGCCCAAUAUCAACGGUAAAGAUGUUGAGGAUAUAUUUAAGGGUGUUUUAACCGACGAUUCGCAAGAAUCUCAGGAGAGCAACGUUUUUCCGAUUCAAAAUAACAACACGUUCAGUGCUUCUAAUUCUCAAACUAUCGCUCAACACCCCGUUAAUCCUCCCCCGGUACGACCGACAGCACUGCCAACCGUUAAUCAAAGCAAUAUGAAUUCGCCGCUUAGUUUCCCGCCGCGAUCGCCCUACCAAUCCGAGUAUAGCAAUAGUCCGCAGUUUAGUCCGGCAUUUUCUGAACCGCCUAGUCCAUGGGUGGCUGUGAACGACAGUGGUGAUUUAGAUGCACCAUCUGCCGCUGCGCAAUCGACAUAUAAUCAAAGAUCGUCAGAAAAAAUGAAAGCGGACGAAGGUUUAGGUAACGGUGCGACUAUUUCGGCCGUUUUGUACGCGAAUAUUAAUUGUCCCGAAUGGAAAACGGAAUUUCCGAAUUGGAGCGAUCGAUAUAAGCAAAUUUUGAAAAAAUGGAGAACAUUGACUCCCGACCAAAAAGCCCCGUAUUUGCAACAAGCGAGGGAUAACAGGUCGGCGUUGCGAAUGAAGAAACAACAGCAGUCACAGAUGAGCAAGGACGCUUCGGUGCCGCCGACGACGCCGACGUCGAAAGCGCCAACGGUGCCACCGCCCCCCGCAGCUGCCCCCACCGUCGUUGCCACCACCAACACAAUGAUAUCCUCAACCCAGGUCCCCGCAAUCGUCUCUCCAUCAGUGUCAGAGGUGUGCACCCAACAACAACAACAACAGUCGCGGCCUACGCCAUCACUAACCACCGCUUCCACUAGCUCUGUGUCUGUCUCCCCUCCACCACCACCUACACAACCACCCACAACCCCUCGACCACCCCCACUAACACCCUCGCCAACAACUCAGCAACAGUUCACCGUGCACGGUCAAUUCCUCGGGCCGGGCGAUCAUUGCGGACCGGCACCGAAUGUCACAGUGAAUCCCCUAUAUCAACCUAACGUCGUUAACGAACAGAAUCCUACCUUACCGAUCAUAAGGAAUAAUGUCCAAAGUACACCACCCGCAACUGAUCAACAGAUCCGCGUCUUGACUCCCUCAGAGAUCAUGCGCACACUUCCCUCCCUCUGUCAGGAAAAUUAUGAACCUCAACCGCUGGACCAAGAAAAAGUCGCCUUACAACACAAAUCGGCGCGUGAAGCUGAACAAGAACGGCAAUGGAAACAGUUACAAGCGUUGAGACAACAACAGGCCCAACAACAACAAAACGUCAUUCACGAACAACGCGUCCAAUAUAUUUUUCCAGCUAUGGCUCGAGUGCAACGGCAGAUAUCUGAUCCGUCGCCGUUUCCUCAAGAUCAAACGACUCCUGAACUUAGCCCUGUGACCUCUCCAUCGCCCAACCCCCGUCAACUCCUCACUAUGGGUAUAAAAUCACCGACUUUCCCUCACCCUGUACAAACACCAAUGCGACCACCUCCACCCACACCUCCAACACCUCUCGAAUUUACACCAGAGGCUGGUGAUCCCUACGCUAAACCACCCUCAACACCUAAACUACCACAACCCAGUUUUCAAACUCGUUUACCGGCUGAUCCUUACGCUGUGCAGCCUUCAACACCUCGACCUCAAUUCCAAAUACGUCCGAAUUUGCAGGGUUUAAAUGCGGCGACUGUCAGAAACGAAUCGCCGGAAUUGAGUCGACAAUUGAGGGAUUUAUUGCAACGACAACAGUUUAAGAAAUUGGACGAUCAAAUUAUGGCCGGGAAAGGGCAACAGAGGGUUUGGCCACCAGUUGAACAGAGUCAAGAGGAAACUACACCGGUGGUGGUUACAUCAGCUGGAGAUACGACGUUUAGACAGCCGUUACCGCCUAGUAUUGCAAGGCCGAGAUUACCGUUACCAGUGGGAGGGAUUAGGCAGCCGGGGCCCCAUUUGGGAUUAAGGAUGCAGCUGGAUCCGAGGAUUCAAGGAUUGGAUCCUAGGAUGCGAUUGCUGAUACAACAGCAAAGAUUAAUCCAACAAAAUACCGCUCCAGGUCAACAACAACAACCACAACAGCAGCAACAACAAUUGUUUUCGGGUGGUACCGUCAGAUUUGCACCAGGAAUUGUUAGACCGACGAGUGUCGAACAGUACGAGUUGUUACAACGACAACAACAAGCCACUUUUCAACCCAGAGCUACAGAACCACAAAUGGCGCCACGUUUACCGAUUGGUCAAAUGAUUCAAAGACCGCCAAUAAGUCAAACACCUGCAGUACCGACAAGUGGUACCACAUCUAGCGAGAAUCAAUCUAACGAUCAGGAAAUUCCUGAUAAUGUCACAGCAGAAUUGGAGAAACUUGAACAAGAGACUGGAACGAUGCCAGAAUUGCAAGGAGUCGAUAUACUAGGAGGUUUAGGAGAUGACGAUGAUGAAUUACUAGCUGAAAUGGGGGCCGACUUUAACAUUCUUGAAUACGCUGAUCCGGAAGCACUUCCAGGCGAAAAAACCAACAUUCUGGAUUUGGAACUUGAAGAAGAACCGAUCAAAAACGACAAAAAAGUCAAGGUCGAGUUACCCAAAGUAUCGACUGGAAAACCGACACCUUCUUCGCAACAAAUCAAAAAAGAUGUAACACCGCCUGUGACAUCGGUUAUAACCGCGUCACCUGCUUUACCAAAUACUAACGUCCAUCCCCCACCUUUGGCGAUAUCUCAAGCCCAAACCGCUCAUCCAUUACCAGCCGGAAUCACGUCCCAUCUCACCCCACAACAAAUCCACCAACAAAUGUUGCAUCAAGUGCAGCAAGCCGCCGCUCUCGGCAAGCCUAUGCCUCUCGGUGCGAAAUUGCAAAGUCCCGAUGGAAUUAUCGGUAUUGUAAUGCCAAAUAAUUUGGUGCAUUUACAAAUACCACAGGGCUAUCAACAGAGAUUAUUAGUGUCACAACUGCAAAAUCAAAAAUUACAAAUGCGUUUAGGCCAAAACGUGCCCAGGAUGAUGUCGCCGGCUACAACUUUGCAUACAAAUCCUGUAGCCUUAAAUCCUGGGCCAAGGAUGAAUGUACCGGCACCCCCACCGCCCCCAUAUCCCGGUCCGCCACCUCCGUAUCCCGGAACCGCUCCACCACCACAACAACAACAGCAACAGAUGGGAUUGAGAAUGGGGCCUGUUCAUCUUCCGCUGGGACACAUACAUCCUAUGCGACCGCAGGGUUUACCUUUGCAUCCACACUUGCAACGAAGAUCUUUAUUAUUGGAGGAACAACCGUUACUGUUGGAAGAUUUGUUAGAGCAAGAAAAACGUGAACUAGAAAAGCAAAAUCAAAAUCAAACCGGCGGUACUCAAGAAGUCGCUCCUUCAAGUAGUGCAAAUGUCGAACAAGAAUCAACAUUACUCACUGAUCACGAUUUCGAUCGUAUCACUGACGUUUUAGGCAGUCCUACUAUGAAUAUUAAUCCAAAUGCGAGACAAAAUCAAGUGGUAUCAAAUCCGGCUCAAGUGCAGCAAUGGUCGCAGAAUCAAAACCGCCCUAAACCGACUCCAACUCCAACCCCUCAACCCACAACCGAAAUUCGGGUUCAAACUUUCAAUGCUAAUGUUAUACCACCUCCACCACUACCACCCGAAAAUAUCGUUACGGAACAAGAUAAACAAAAACAACUCGUUUACGAACAGUGGUUGAGUCAUCAAAGCAAUACACUCAAUCAACAAUUGAAAUACUACGAAACCGAAAUGAAUAAAUUGAGAAAGUUGCGAAAAUCACUAAACAGUAAACAGAGACAGUUGAGGAAAACUGGAGGCCAGUUAGCCGAUGCUGAUGCCAAUGAAUUGCAAAAAAUAGCAGCAGAACAAGCGGUUUUGCAAAAAUAUCUCGAUUCAAGUCGGAAACAGAGUCGUCAACACGGACUGCUAUUACAGGAAUACCGGAACAAGCAACAAGCGAAACAGUCGGGUCCCGGCCAAUCGCCCCUUUUAAUGCAACAGAACCCAUCACCGUUGGGUCCGCCGUCGUCGUCUCCGAUUCAUCAUUCGCAGUCGCCAAUGAUGUCGCCUUCGGCCUCACCUCUCGCUCAACAUUCGCCUUUACACAGCCCCAGUCCGAUGAUAUCGCACUCACCAGGUCCUGGAUCCGUUACAAACAUCCUCCAGAGUCCCAGCGGGAUGUCUCCCAUGCAACCCUCGCCCCGAAUCGGGACACCCCAUUCGCAAGGUGACAGCAGUCCAGGACCUGCACCAUCUCCAGGCCAAAUUUGUUUGCCUCCACCAGCACCCAGAAUGACUUCACCGCAACAUAAACGUGUUGUCACAAGUCCUGUGGGAUAUUCUGGAGAUUUGAGACCCGGGACCCCCCAAAUGCGAUUUGUGAGGACACCAAUGGACCAAAGACGGUUACCGUCGCCCAUGAUGUACCAACAAAAACCGGGAACGCCGUCACCGUUAAGUAGUCCACCACCACAACAAAUGACAAUGAACCAGCAAUUAAUACAAAAAAUUGAAGGCCAAGAGGCGAAUAUUUUAACGUCGCAGAGAGCGGCUCAAUUGAUCCAACAGAGGAAUUUUGUGAGGCAGCAGUUGCAACAACAACAACAAUUACAACAGCAGCAGCAGCAACAACAACAGUUGCAACAGCAGCAACAACAACAAGCGGUGGCCCAACCGCAACCUUUGACCCCACAACAACAUCAAAUGAUGGUUCAACAACAGCAACAAUUGGCCAAGCAGCAGCAACAACAAAUUGCCAAGCAGCAACAACAACAAAUUGCUCAAAUUCAGGCACAGUUACAACAGAAGUUCCAACAACAACAGCAGCAGCAGCAACAACAACAACAGCAACAACAACAAAAUGUUGCCCCGCCUUCACCCAUGCCUCCCAAGAGUCCAAUGAUCAAUCAACAAAUCAUGUCGCCUCAUUCAAUGCCUCCCUCACCAAUGCCACCCAGAAGUCCCAUGAUGAAUUUCAACAGCAACCCACAAACACCAAACUCGCCAGCAACCAGAAAUAAUUAUCACAUGAACCAACCACCAAGUAGUCCCAUGAUGACCCACAACCAGUAUCAACCACCCAGCUCACCCAUGCCGCGAAGUCCCAUGAUGGGUAUGAGACGUCCACCAAGUGCUAACAGUAGCCCAAUGCAAGACCGACCUCGAAGUGUCGAACGUACGUUUACAAAUCAAGGCACGUUGGAUAAUAUGUUGGAUCAAGGUGGCGGCGGUGGUAACCCUAACAAUAACCCAAUACCAGCACCACCCGGUUUUGGCCGAUUCGGUUACUUCAAGUUAGGUUUAAGGGGUGGUUCCCCCAUGUGGAGUUUUGGAAGAGGAGCUAAAAGAAUACCAACACCACCGGGGACUAACAAAGACGAUAAAACCAACGUUGGGGAAAGUUCAAUGCCGGUAAAGCCCCGAAAAGAAUCACAUUUGAGCAAAGUUUCAAUAUUGAAACGCAAAUCCCCGGCUAAAACCAACCUACAAUCACUAGCAGUCAGUAAAGUUGGUUCUUUAGUCAGCACGGACUAUAACGAGUUUGAUGAUAGUUCGUGCACACCACCCGUGACGCCUCCACCGACUACAAGUCGAAUCAAAACUGUCGGUAAAAAGAUUUCCGAAGUGACCGACAGCAAGGAUGUUAUGAUUGUGCACAGUCCCGACGCGAAACAAAUGAACGAAAUCAUGGAUUAUGACGAUGAUAAUAAUACCGUGAUUUCAGGUGAAGUGUCGUUGAGUUCGGCCGCACAACAAAACGAUGCUGACGAUAUCGCAGUGAUUGAAACGUUCUCACAAAGCGAUUUAGGCGAAGCCAUGUCAAGUCCACUCGAAUCGGAUCAAAUCGGCGAUGAGUAUCUUUUGUUUCCGGGAAAUAUGGUUGUGGACUUGUCGGGAGAUGGUGAAACACACUAUUCCGAUAAGGAAGAAGCCGAGGAGGAAGACUACGGCGGUGAGAAAAUGCACGUGGUGAUUCGAAGUCCCACAACAAGUGACGAUGAAUAUAUCAUGCAAAAUAAGGGAAAGAAGUAUAAUAUUCGGGGAAUUGAAACAGCAGAUUCGCCCGAACAGGAAGAAAUGCAAGCCGAUCCAUCACCAGAAGGUGAUGAAGAGGAAGAAUCCGAGAUUGUUAUAAUAGAUCCGUCGAUUAAAUCACCCGACGAGCAAAUCUCAACCAAAGAAGAUUUCGAGGAAUUGAUCGAUGAGGGAUCUCGGAAGGAAAAAAUUAUGAAACCAGAAAUGGUCACUGCGAAACACAUCAACGAGAUACAUAAAUACACGAAUGUUUAUAGUUUUCCACCGAAAAGUGAGGCUGUUUCAGGGGCAAACACCUCACGUGUCGCUAGUUUGAUAACAUCAAAGUUGGGUCAGAAAUUUUCGCUGAUAACGACACCAGUUGUCACUGUUUCGAAAGUUGAUACUCAAAAUAAAACAGUUGGUACUACUCCCACUUCGAAAGUGACCAAUAUCAUACUACAUAGCGCUGUGAGGAGUAAUGUUUUAAACGUACCGAAGUUAGUAACGAGCGGUUCAUCUGCUAUAACUAUCGUUAGUGCUAACACGUCACCAAUUGCUUCGAUUUUACCGUCAGGGUUUACCGUUCCGGUUAUUAGUGCGAGUGCUGUAAGACAAUUGCCGAACGUCAAGGUUAUCGAUAAACCAUCAUCAUCGAUUUCGUUGACCACUCACGAUACAUGUUUACCGAAAAAAAUCUUUGAGGAUGAUUCAGUAUCGCCUGACAGUUCAAAUUGUGAAGAUGACAAAUCGAAAGAUUCCUCAGAUGAAAAAUCAAAAAUUGAUUCGCCUCCAAUUGAAGAGAAAGCUAAAACCCCACCCGUGACUAAAGAAGAAUCGCCAAAACCAGCAAAUGAAAGCGAAGUUGAAAAAGUUCACACCACUAGUGUCAAAGUACAAGAACAGAGGACGUCAAGUCCGGUUAUAGCUAAAACUUCAUCACCCGUUAUAAUUCAUAAUACACCAGAAUUAAAAAUGACGGCUCAAGUGAUACAAGAAUCACAGUCAGGAAUACAGAUAACUGCAACUGAGACAGUUGACGGUUUCGAAGGCACGUCUGAUGAUACGAAAUCUGUGGUGAUAUCAAUACCGUCACCAACACCGUCUCAGGAACAAAUGUUGGAUAAUAUAGCGUUACAAGCUUUGGAAAACAGGAGGAGAGAUGGCAAUGGCAUGCCGGGAGAGUUUGAGUCGUUUGAGGAUGUCUUAGAUAUGAUUGAGAACAUCACAGGAGAGCCACCAACCGUUUUGGAGGACAACAUCAAAGAUAAACUUAUGAGUGGUGACAAUAAAAGUGUAACAAUUGAACAAGAGCAAUUGAAAGAAACACCUCAAACAACUCAAGUUGAAACUCCCCAAAUCACUAAACCGUCAGUUGUUCCUCAAUUAUCGCCUUUAUCACAACCGACCGACUUGACAACAAACAUGGCAAACGCCUCUCAACAAUUACGCAACCUCCUCUCACUCCAUACAACAACAGCGACACCUUCAACUAACGUCGAAACUGUUGUUAAAAGUGUGGUAACUACGGGACCUGUGUUAACAGCAAGUCCGGUCGUAACACCUCGUGUUAUCCAACAAGUAACUACGAGUACCGUUAUAGUACCAAACAUGAAACCGAAACCUAUCGUUCUGCAAUCACCAGUUCGGACACAAACCACAACGGUGGCAGCUACCACUAGUAUACAAAUAACAACGUCUGGUAUCACUUUUGUACCACGUAGUACCGGGAUUCAGUUAAUGCCCGAACACCCGAAAUUACCUCGAGUCACUCCAGUAGUGACCUCGACACCGGUUACAACCGAAAGUGAAACUACAACUCGUAAAACAACUUGUUCGCUAACCGAAAUGUUGCAAUCGCAUCCUGCGGCUGUCCCUACAACGAAAACAAGUGCCGACACUAUAACAGCUGCGAGUUUAUUGGGCACUUCGAUCGGUUUAUCGCGUGUUAGUACAUCUUUGGUCCAAGCACAACCAAUCGUUGUUUCACCGGCCACUUGUAAUAAUCUAGUGGUUACAACAACGUCCGGUUUUAAACCGAUUACAACCAACACAAAUUUAUUACAUACACAAUUAACUAAAGUGAUGCGUCACAAGUCACUCGAUGAAACAAACGAGGAGAGUAAAACCGAAACUGAACCGAAUCUGGACGAUAAAAACAAACAAGAAACGGGUUGUAAAUUCUCGAGUAUCCAAACAACAAUCGCGGCGACUACGAGAAGUGAAGAUUCAAAUGCUUUGCUCAAGAAAUUGUUACAAAAUACAGCCUGUGCGAGUACUCAGACCCCGCCUCCGAGUUCAGUGGCGGCGGCCUCAAUCACUGUCGCCGCCCCUAUUCAGUUUACUUCGACUCUAGAGAGUCAAUUAAAAGCAUCGAUUUUACCACCUGUAGUUAAAGAAACACCGAAAUUGACCCAAAAAAUGCCAAUUAUGACCCGCGAGACGUCGUUUGUUUCGAGUCCGGUGGUUCCACAAACAUCAACCACUCAACAAUUGCACAUUGAUAUUAAAAAAUGUAUGCCACCGAGUCGUACACCUAGCCGUGAUGAUUUAUUAUCACCUCCAACGCCUCGAUCGUCCUGUAGUCAAGAUUCAAGUCUUCAAACACCACCAUUGAUUGUUAAGAAAGAAAUGCCACAACACCUUCAAAUGUCACAAGACGUGAAAAAAGAAUACGUUGAUGAAACAUCGCAACAUUCCGAAGUUUCGGAUCAGAGUCGGUCUGACGUUCCCAUGAAGGAAGAGCUCGAUUCGUUGGAUCCAAUGACGGAGAAAAUGUUGUCUGAGAAGGAGGAGUUGAAGAGACAAAAGAGAAGGAUGUAUCAACAGAAGAGACGCCAGAAUCAAAUCUUGAAUAAGGAAGCGAUCGGUCAGCCAAAGAAGCGGCCACGAAAAAGCUCGAAAGUUGACGAGGAUUACGAUACUUACAUUGAUGGGGUUUUGGCCCAGUUGAGGACUUUACCACCAAUGGUAGUCUCCGAACCAAUCCUCAACCGGAAUUUUAGCAUUUGUCCGGUUUUUGGCAGCGAUAUGGUAAAACUAGCAGCGAAUGAUUAUGAUUCGAGGUUUGGGGAGUUAAAGGGUUCGUAUGGCAAUGGUUGUAUGCCUGGUUAUUCCGAUUUUUACAACACUCAACCGUAUGGCGACAGAGAACCAUUGCCUGAAAAACCGCCUGCUUCUACGCAGCGAGGUUUCUACGAUCAAGAGUUUCCACUUAUUAAAUUCGACACCGAAGAAGAGAAACGAUUCGAUAUGUUCAGUCGGGACGAUACGCCCGAUUCGAUUAUAAGUAGCUCUUCACCGGAGUGUCCGUUUACGGAACCGCCGCAUAAAUUCUUGGGCUUGAAGCUGAUAAAUGAAGAUGAGGACGAAGAGGAGGAAGAUAUGUCCAAGAUGAGAUUAUCGCCAGUGGUGCCGAUUAUAGCGCCGAUUCCGAUUAGGUUAAAGCCGGCAGGACCGUAUUUGAAGGACUAUACAGAGGACAAAGAGAAUGUUGGCAGAGAUGUGUGUUUGAAACCCAAAUUCGGAUCUGGGUCAACAACUCCACUGAAAGAUUCAGGCAAUGUAACAGUGACGCUGACGUUGACUUCGUCAGCUGCUGAAGAUAUCAUGGGGGUUUUGCGCGAUUUGGCAAAUAUUUUGCAUAUUCCAGCACCGACUAGUUACCAAAUUGUCGAAAGGACGAGCACACCACCGAGUCAGAAAUUAGGGUUGUAUAGGACAAAGGGGAAGGAUGGAAAAGAGGGAGCGCCCAUCGACAUUCAGAGCAUCCUCAACGGCGCCGCGAAAUUCUGCAAACACUGCGACGUCGUAAUCCUCAAUAACAUGAUCCGCAAGAAAGUCUCCGAGCUCCCUUUCCUAUCCAAAGACUCGGAAUUAUUAAGCGACGGCGACGAAUUAUUCUUCUGUAGCACCACCUGUUACAUGCAGUUUGCUCUAAUGCACCGUUCACCGUCAAUCCCCGAAGAUAAAGCGGCCGCAAUCAUCGACCACCUAUGCCAAAAAGACAAAACCGAAGCAAACAAACGGUCAUUCUCCGACCACCGUAAAAAUUUCAUGGACAACGUCGAAAUGGAACUCCAAUACGUGAAACGCGAAGUUGAUGCGAUGGACGUCGAUUUGAAAUCGCAUUCGUUGUUUAACAAACCGACAGAUAUUAUUAGCUUGAGACGAUAUGAACAAAACACACCCAAAGUCUGGAAAGGCGUGAGAUACAAAAGUUGGACCCCUGGCUGUCUCCAGCCACCGACAAAACACAAAAAACCCACUGAUAAGGAAACAAUGGAGUUGUUGUACAGGAUGGGGAUCACAGUAACGCCACCCAAGUUGCCUGAAGAUUUCCGAAAGUGUAUGUUUUGUCAGUGUAUUGGAGAUGGCGUUGCUGACGGUCCCGGCCGGCUACUCAACUUUGAUGUGGAUAAGUGGGUUCAUUUAAAUUGCGGUUUGUGGUCGGAUGGGGUUUACGAGACCGUAAACGGGGCUUUGAUGAAUCUGGAAAAUGCACUACAACAAAGUUUGACACAGAUUUGUGUGCAUUGCAACAAAUUAGGAGCGACGAUUCGUUGUUUCAAAACACGAUGCUCAAAUGUCUACCAUCUGGCAUGCGCGGUUAAGGAUGGUGCUGUCUUUUACAAAAAUAAAACAACUUAUUGUACUGUUCAUAUUCCGAAAAACGAGAAAGAUAACGAAUUGACGACUUUAUCAGUCUCGAGGAGGGUUUACGUCAAUAGAGACGAAAACCGCCAAGUGGCAGCCGUGAUGCAUCACAGCGACACGAAUAAUUUACUCCGAGUAGGCAGUUUGAUUUUUUUGAAUGUCGGGCAAUUGUUACCCCAUCAGUUACAAAACUUCCACAACCAGAAUUACAUUUACCCAAUUGGUUACAAAAUAAUUAGGUUUUAUUGGAGUAUGCGCCACUUGAACAAACGCUGCAAAUACAUUUGUUCAAUUCACGAGAAUGGCGGUCGACCUGAAUUUAAAGUUGUCGUUCAGGAAACCCUCGAAAACGAUGUGGAAUUAAAAGACUCGACCCCUAAAGCCGUCUGGCAACGAAUCCUCGAACAAAUCGCAGCAAUGCGUCGCGAAAAUCAAUGCGUCCAAUUGUUUCCCCAAUUCGUGAGCGGCGAAGACUUGUUCGGUUUAACCGAACCGGCCGUCGUGCGCGUGUUAGAGAGUCUUCCAGGGAUUGAAACUUUGACGGAUUAUAAAUUCAAGUACGGGAGAAAUCCCUUGUUGGAACUACCCUUGGCGAUAAAUCCCUCAGGGGCUGCCAGAACCGAGCCCAGAUCGCGGAGUCAGCUGCACUGGAAAAGGCCGCACACGCAGCGGACUGGCGGGUCGUCUGUGCGGCCCCUGUUCGGGCCCACGCCGGCCCUAACCAACAACAACACGCUCGGGGACGGCGCCUGUCCUUAUACCAAACAGUUUGUGCACUCGAAGAGCUCGCAGUAUAAGAAAAUGAAGCAGGAGUGGAGGAAUAACGUGUACUUGGCGAGGUCGAAAAUUCAGGGCUUGGGCUUGUAUGCGGCCCGCGAUUUGGAGAAGCACACCAUGGUUAUCGAAUAUAUCGGUGAGAUAAUUCGGACGGAACUUGCCGAGACGCGUGAGAAGAAAUACGAGGCUAAGAAUCGUGGGAUUUACAUGUUCAGAUUGGACGAGGAACGGGUGGUUGACGCCACACUUUGCGGGGGUUUGGCUCGCUACAUCAACCACUCGUGCAACCCGAAUUGUGUCGCUGAAACCGUGGAGGUUGAUAGAGAUUACCGGAUUAUCAUAUUUGCGAAACGGAGAAUACAACGGGGGGAGGAGCUGGCGUAUGACUACAAGUUUGAUAUUGAAGACGACCAACACAAAAUCUCCUGCAUGUGCGGGGCCCCGAAUUGCCGCAAGUGGAUGAAUUAAUUACUUUUAUUCGAGAGAAGACAGGUUUAAGCAGACUGUUUGCAGUGCCAUUCACAUUCCAUAGUUAUGUUUGAUAAGCUGUAAUCUUUGAAUAACGUAGGAUAAAUGUGCAUUUAUAUAUUUUGUUACAUAGUGUCGUAAGGACAGUGGCUUAGGGUUAGGGACCAAAUCGAUACCGUUGUUUCCCCGACCUUAUAGAGAAUUCUUUGUACAUAAUUGAUUUUGAAAUAAUUUAUUUCAGACGAUUGGGUUUCUUUACUGAGGGCAAAAAUUUAUUUAUUGUAAAAAUUGUUGUUUUAGGUCGUUAGAUUAAUUUAUUAUUUAAGUAGCAACUAAGUCGGAGUGAUCCAGUUUCAGUGUAUUUAUAAUUAUUGUUUUUUGAUUGCCGUGCAAUAUGAAUUUAGCAUCUUGUGUGCGCUUUAUAAGUUUUUGUACGCAUUGUAAAUUUUCAAAUUGUAGUUUUAUCACGACUUUAAGUCUAUUGUUGUUUAUUUACUGUUUUUGUAUAUAUAUUUUUAAUUUGCGGAAAUGAUGUGAAUAAUUCAUUUUUUGUAAUUAAACAAGAGAAUCUAGGACAAUAAAAGUUUGAUGUUGGAUUUAUUUGGUUCUGCACCACCACUAAGUAAAUGCAAUAUUAAUUUUGUUGCAGUUU